GCCAGCGACGGUCCCAUCACGUUGUGCCAUUACAGCGUGUGGACGAAACCUUCAUCUUUUUUCCGAGAGGAGACAUCGGAUAUCCACGUCUUUUAGCCGAUAAUCACCGAUUAUAGAGGAAGAGAGAAGAGCCGCUCCUGUAAAGGCAGAGUUCGGUGUUAUCGGUCAGGCAGCGCUUCCUCUUCCGUUCCUCUGGUGAAGAUGGCGGGCGACGAGUCCGGCACCACGCUGGGGCAGCCGCACCUGGCCCGGCAGGACCUGGGCAAGCUGAACGUGUCGACCCUGACGCCUCUUUCUCCAGAGAUCAUCAGCAGACAGGCCACCAUCAACAUUGGCACCAUCGGUCACGUGGCCCAUGGGAAGUCCACAGUGGUUAAAGCCAUUUCCGGCGUCCACACCGUCAGGUUCAAGAACGAGCUGGAGAGAAACAUCACCAUCAAGCUCGGAUAUGCCAACGCCAAGGUUUACAAGCUGGACGACCCCGGCUGUCCCCGGCCCGAGUGCUACCGGUCCUGCGGCAGCAGCACCCCCGACGAGUUCCCCACAGACAUCUCUGGAACCAAGGGCAACUUCAAGCUGGUCCGACACGUGUCGUUUGUCGACUGUCCCGGUCACGACAUCCUGAUGGCCACCAUGUUGAACGGAGCCGCCGUCAUGGACGCCGCCCUGCUGCUCAUCGCUGGAAACGAGUCGUGUCCUCAGCCGCAGACGUCGGAGCAUCUGGCCGCCAUCGAGAUCAUGAAGCUGAAGCACAUCCUGAUCCUGCAGAACAAGAUCGACCUGGUGAAGGAGAGUCAGGCCAAGGAGCAGUACGAGCAGAUCCUGGCCUUCGUGCAGGGCACGGUGGCGGAGGGAGCUCCCAUCAUCCCCAUCUCCGCCCAGCUCAAGUACAACAUUGAGGUGGUGUGUGAAUACAUCGUCAAGAAGAUCCCGGUCCCCGUCAGAGACUUCAUCUCCGAGCCGCGGCUCAUCGUCAUCAGGUCGUUCGACGUGAACAAGCCGGGCUGCGAGGUGGACGACCUGAAGGGCGGCGUGGCGGGAGGAAGCAUCCUGAAGGGCGUGCUGAAGGUGGGCCAGGAGAUCGAGGUGCGGCCCGGCAUCGUGUCCAAGGACCACGAGGGGAAGCUGAUGUGUAAACCCAUCUUCUCCAAGAUCGUGUCUCUGUUCGCCGAGCACAACGACCUGCAGUACGCCGCGCCGGGCGGCCUGAUCGGUGUCGGCACCAAGAUCGACCCGACGCUGUGCCGCGCCGACCGCAUGGUGGGCCAGGUGCUGGGGGCCGUGGGGGCGCUGCCCGAGAUCUUCACCGAGCUGGAGAUCUCCUACUUCCUGCUGCGGAGGCUGCUGGGCGUCCGCACCGAGGGGGACAAGAAGGCCGCCAAGGUCCAGAAACUGUCCAAGAACGAGGUGCUGAUGGUGAACAUCGGCUCGCUGUCGACCGGCGGCCGCGUCAGCGCCGUCAAGGCGGAUCUGGGCAAGAUCGUGCUGACCAACCCGGUGUGCACGGAGGUGGGCGAGAAGAUCGCCCUGAGCCGCCGCGUGGAGAAGCACUGGCGCCUGAUCGGGUGGGGCCAGAUCCGGAGAGGCGUGACCAUCACGCCCACGGUGGACGACGACUGAGCGGACCCGGCCGGGGCGUAACCGUGGCGACCGCCCCGCUCCUGAAGGCUCUUCUGUUUUUGUUUUUGUCGUUUUUCCCCCGACGGACCGGAAGAGAGCGGCAGGGACAUUUGCUCUUCCUCCUCCUCUUCCUCACUUCCUCCUCUGCAGCCGCACGCGGCGCCAUGACGACGAGCCUCCGCCGCAGACGAGGGAGCGAGGGGGGACGGGCUUCGGAUGGUCCUCCCGGGGGCAGGGUGCAGAUUUCAGACCUAAUAAACACAUUUGGAAAUAA